AUGCCUGUGCGUGAGAUCCUGGUGCUCGGUGGUGGCAUUGCGGGCAUUGCCUCAGCCCUGGCUCUAUCAAAGGAACUCGGUCCAAUUGUUCCGGAUCUGAAAAUCAGAGUAUUUGAGAGACAUGAGGUUCCGUCCACCUCCGGAGGCGCUAUCAACCUGACGCCGGUGGCACAGAGGCAUCUGGCUCAUCUGGGAAUCUUAGAGGAGCUAGAUAGAAUGGGCCCGGACGGUGGGACGGAGGUCGAUGCCAUUGAGAUAUACUCGAUCCGAACAGGGAGAGCCUUAGGCUCAGUCAACUUUAGCGAUAAACAUGGACAAGGAUAUAAAGGCUACAAAGGUCGAAGAGUCACGAGGAUUGCCCUGUUGUUAGCAAUGAUUGCUACCGUGGAAAAGGCUCACAAUGUUGAGCUCGAAUUCGGCAAACGGGUGGUGGGCGGAGAAGAGAAGGGCAACAAAGUAAUGAUCCACUUUGCAGAUGGCUCGAUGGCGAUGGGAGACUUGGCUCUGGGCUGUGAUGGUGUGCAUUCGCCAACAAGGACACGGAUCGUCGAUAUCGGUCGCCGGUCAGAAUACACGGGCAUCUCGUUCCUCCAGACCACGAUCCGUUCGGCGGAUCUGAAGUCUCACAUCCAUUUCCAUACCAGUGCCCUCAACAUCUCCCGGUAUGGCUCCAUGUUGACCAGCUACUGCGAUCGGGAUCGCGAGGAGUUAUUCGUGGCCGCUAUUAUCGAAUAUGAUGAAGACCUGGUCAAGCAGAAUCGACUCGAAUAUGGCCAGGAAUGGAGGGCGCAACAUGCAAUCAAGAUGGGACUUAGAGAGGAAGUGCGGGACCGCUUCUCAAAAUCUGCCUUUGACUGUGUCCGGGAAAUUGUACAGCUCCCUACAGACUGGUUCCUGUAUCCGGUUUAUCAAGUGCCACCGGGAGGGAAGUGGUACUCGGAACGGAUUCUUCUGCUGGGGGACGCAGCUCACGCGAUGCCACCCAGGGACGAAUCUGCAGCGUACGCCUUGGACGAUGCUAUUCUAUUCGCACGUACCCUUGCUCGUUAUCCAUAUCACCCACCAGGCCUAUCCUUCAAGAUUUACGAGAAUAUUCGUCGAGAGCCUGUCAAUCAGGCUUUCAAGGCCUCUACUAAAAGAUGGGAUAAGAAUAGAGAUACCGGAGCUUUAAAGGCAUCGUUAACUGAAUGGACCCUCCCGCUGUAUCUGCGGAAAACUAAAGAUGCCAGGAAGGAGGCAUGGGAAUUUGACGCCAGCGAGGUGCCGAUCCCUCAGAUCAGUGAGGAACAGAUUGCCUUUGACUGGGCCUCCGGAAUGGAUAGUUCGGAGUUUGAGAGAGAAAUCUAA